GUGUCAAUGGGUGUCAAUUAAAUUGGAAUAGUAAUAUAUACAAAUAUACAUCAAAUAUGAAAAAUGUCUGAUAAUGAAACAGGAGUAUUGGAAGGUUUUUUAUGCCCAACAUGUAUGCAAGAUUUAAAAACUCAACAUCAAUUAAUUUCACAUGUUGAGAAACAACAUCCUGAAGAACAAGAUGUAUUACAAUCCUUAAAAGAUUUGGUUGGAAAAGCCAAAAAGAAAAUUUUAAAACUUGAUGAAAAUGAUUUAGAUUCAUUUAAAUCGAUAAUUCGUACACGAAAUGCUACAACGAAAGCGUAUAGACAAUUUGAAAAACAAGAAUUAGGACAAAUUACAAACCAUACAGAAUAUUUUAAAUCUGUACGAGGAACUAGAUUAGAACAUUUCGCAGCCGAAACGAAUAAAUUGUUAAUAAGAUUAGAUAGAUUAUUAAAUUUUAAUAACACUGAUAGGCGACAACAUGAACAAUCUGUUGUACAAUGGUUAGAUGGGACGAGCGUUAAAUUAUGUCCAUCAUGUACUAAGUCAUUUAAUUUAACCCGACGUCAACAUCAUUGUCGAUUAUGUGGAUCAGUUAUGUGUCAAGUUUGUUCUUGUUUUUUGACAGUCUCAAUGGCAAAAAAAAUGACUGGUGCAUUAGUUAGUCAAAAAACAGAACCAGAAAAUGAAACUUCAGAUGAUGCAAUUCGUUUAUGUGGACAUUGUUUGGGAUUAUUAGAAAGUCGACAUAUACUUCAAGAACGACGACAAGCGCAGCCAAUUGUUUGCGAACUAUAUAUGCAACUACGUUCCUUAAUGUCAAAGGCAGAACCAUUAUGUGUUUUAUACAACAAGAUGUGUGAUAGCUUAUGUUCUGGUGAAUCCACGUACAGUUUAGCAGAUACCCAGACACUACGUUCACAAUUAGCAAAACAAGCUGAACUAAUGGAUCUAGUUAGUAGAAAAAUAGCAGCUUUGGCUGGAACACCUAGAGAAAUCAAAUUACAUCAAUCUAUACGUAGAGCAUCCACAAUUUACCUGAAAGAAAAGUUAUUAUGUUUACCUCAACUACCAACACAAGAAGAAAUUGAUGCGUUACGAAAAUCACCACCAAAAACUAUAAAUAAUGACAAUGCAAGCACACAGUCAAACACAGUGGCAAUCGUUACAGGUUGGUCACCAAUAGGUCAACCGGUUCCUACAAGUGAUCCUCAAGAAUCAGAUCCGUUAAUUGUACAAAUGGAUGUUAUACGAGGAUAUAUAAGAGAAGCGAGAACUUCUUUACGAUUUGAAGAAGUCGCUCUAUUAGAAGAAAAUUUACGAGAAUUACAAAAUGAAUAUCAUCAUAGACAAAAAGAAAAAGAGAAGACUGAUGAUAAUCAUCAAUUAAAUGGAAGUAGUCAAUGAAAAUAUGAUUGAUUAGUGUUUAAUUGUUAUGCAUUUAUGUUAAUUAGUGUUUACACGCCUUCAAACUUUCCAAUGCCAAAAAACUUCACAUUUUGAUUGAAUUUAAAGAAGUUGGUUCCAUUUUUAAUUCCAGUAAUAAUUCAAUGCUCCCAGUAGGCGCUACUGAAUGCAUCAGGAAAAAAAGGACAAUUUUUUUACAUUGUUUUCUUUGGUGAUGUUUUCUUGAAUAUCUCUGCUUCUAUUGAACGGAUUGAGGCGAAUAAAUAAAGAAUUGUUUGUUAAAACUUUCUGCAUCGACCUUGCUUGGUAUCGAACCCUGAACGUGGCAAAAUAACCUCAAAAUCUCAUGAAAACCGCAGUAACCUCAUAUUUUCAACUCUCUCUGAUAACUUUUCGAAAAAUAAAUGAAUUGAGUUGAAAUUCUGGAAAAAGAUGUAACUAAUGGUCAUAAAAAUUGUGGUAAAUUUUAACCCGAUAUAAUUUUGAGAAAAACGAAUUUUUCUGAAACAUUUCAAAAACUCGUACAGUUCAGACAAAUCUUCGGAUUUGAACUGUUUUUUUCUAAAUUGCAGGUUUUUUAUGUACUU